AUGAGCCCGUGCAGAUGGAUCUCGGUGGACUACUUGAGGAUUGGAUAUGACGAAGUAGAACAGAACAAUCCUGUGGUGAUCCUCGUUACCGUCGAAAAGGAUCAGGUGCCACGAGCGGAAGCGCAGAGAGUAGUUGACGCUCUAUCCGAAGAGUGUAAGAAGGCUGGUUUAGACGAUGUAGAGGUAGAAGUUAUGGAGGGUCAACGAGUAGGACUCACAGGGUCAUACUACUUCGACGAUGAACCGUUACCAGAUCCAACAAAGUACCCUUGUGUUGGGGCCUCGAUUGCAAUAUCCUCGAAACACAGUGCCUUGAAAGUCGGCUGCGGGACCCUCGGAGGCUAUGUCCUGAUAGACGGCAAAGUCAUGGGGUUAACUAACCACCAUGUGGCAUUCGGAGAAUCGCGCCUUGAAGCCUUUCCUACAGCGGAUGAGGCAUCUACCGGCGUCUCGUAUAGCUUUCUUCAACCAGCAGAGGUCGAUCUUGAAGCCCGAAUCAACUACUUGGAGGACCGCCGUCAGAUUCUAAUUGACGAUCAGAAAAGUAUGGAAGAUACAAGCCUCCAAGCAGCUAAAAUUUCGACUAUCUCUAUAGAGUUAGAGAAGUUAAGGCUUUGGACGCCUGAAACAUCUGUUCUCGGAAAAGUUUGGAGGAGUUCAGGUCUGCGAGCCCGUGACGGAACUAAGAAUCGUCGUUUCCGCCUAGAUUGGGCCUUGAUUAAAUUGGAGAAUCCUGAAAGGUUUACUGAACAAGAGAAGUUCGUCAAUGAGGUUCCCUCGUACUCCCUGAACAACACGGCCAAUCGGGCUUAUGUUGCUAAUGCGAUGAGAGCCGACGGCGUGAACAAAUUAGUAGGCGAUAUGCCGAAGUUUUUAAAAAGAGGUAUUACCUUCGAGGAGUUGCUUAACAAGGUAGCCAUCGCCGAAGAAGACGACCAUAGAUAUGUUGUGUGGAAGUCGGGCAGAACAACCCACUUCACAUUCGGCAUCGUUUCCAGCAUAGAGUCAGACUAUCGGUCUUCUCACGAUGUGGUUUCUGAUGAGCUAUUGGUGAAAGACUACAACAAGCAGGGGAAAUAUUACAGCUUCUCGAGAGGCGGAGACUCGGGGUCAUUUGUUUGGGAUUCCGAGGGAUACGUUGCCGGUAUGUUAUGGGGCGGCAAAUACGAAAACUUCGUCACUUACGUAACACCCAUUGAAUACGUGUUGGAAGAUAUUCGGCUAGUCUGCAAUGCGAAGGAGGUCAGACUAGUUGUUAGAAAGGAGGAUGAGACGGAUGUUGUAGUUGGUCCCCUAAAAGGGCGUAGCAACACUGGUGCAGAAGUGGUCCUUGAGAAUAGCACAUCUUCCGGAACAUCACUCUUCGACGACGAUGCAGAAGGGGUUUCCGUUGCCGAACCAGAUGGUGGUUUGUAG